CUGACCUGUCAUCCUAUGGCUACAGCAUAUACAUAUGCACAUGCCGUAACAUAUUGCAACUCGCAACACAACCCGCCCAUAAUUCCCAUCCUCUCAACCAACCAACACCCUCCACGUGUCACCCUUCCCUCCUCAAUCCCACACUUUAUUAGCACCAUUACCACCUUCAACUUGAAGCACUUUCCAUCACAUUCCCUCCACACAGUCAUGGUUACCCAAACGCAACAAAACGCUCCCUCGUCUUCCCCCGAACUGGGUUUUAAGCUGGUUGGAUUCAAAAACUUCGUCCGAACCAACCCGAAAUCGGACCGCUUCAAGGUAAUCCGGUUCCACCAUGUGGAGUUCUGGUGCACCGACUGCUCCGGCGACCUCAAUUUCCUCUUCUCCGCUCCUUAUUCCGCCUCAAUCGCCGGCGAUGGUGCCUCCGCUUCCUUUCCCUCCUUCUCUGCCUCUGAUUGCCACUCCUUCGCAGCUAAACACGGCCUCGCCGUCCGCGCCGUCGCCAUCGAGGUGGAAGACGCCUCCGCCGCCUUCUCCGCCAGCGUCGCCAACGGCGCGAAACCUGUAUCUCCGGCGGUUCUCCUCGACAACAGCGUCGGAUUCGCCGAGGUUCAUCUCUACGGCGACGUCGUUCUCCGCUACAUCAGCUACUCCGCCCCGACCCGAGAAUCAAACCUGAAUCCUACCUUACGGUUCCUCCCUGGAUUCGAAGCCGUGGAGGCUGAUUCGUCGUUCCCGGAGCUAGAUUACGGUAUUCGGCGACUCGACCACGCCGUCGGGAACGUGCCGGAGCUGGCGCCGGCAGUGAAUUACUUGAAGAAAUUCACCGGAUUCCACGAGUUCGCUGAGUUCACGGCGGAGGACGUUGGAACGAGUGAGUCAGGGCUGAACUCGGUGGUUCUUGCGAGCAACGAUGAGAUGGUUCUUCUUCCGUUGAACGAACCGGUGUACGGAACAAAGAGGAAGAGCCAGAUUGAGACGUACCUGGAGCACAACGAAGGUGCAGGGUUGCAGCACUUGGCGUUGGUCUCCGAAGACAUAUUCAGGACUCUGAGGGAGAUGAGGAAGAGAAGCACCAUCGGCGGUUUUCAGUUCAUGCCGUCUCCGCCGCCAACGUAUUACCGGAACUUGAAGAAGCGUGCCGGUGAUGUGCUGAGUGAUGAACAGAUUAAGGAGUGUGAGGAGCUUGGAAUUCUUGUUGAUAGGGACGAUCAGGGCACUCUGCUUCAGAUUUUCACCAAACCUGUUGGUGAUAGGCCAACCAUUUUUAUAGAGAUAAUUCAGAGAAUUGGAUGCAUGCUCAAGGAUGAAGAAGGAAAGGUGUACCAAAAAGGUGGAUGUGGGGGUUUUGGAAAAGGCAACUUCUCUGAGCUUUUUAAAUCCAUUGAAGAAUAUGAGAAGACUUUGGAAAGUAGAAGAACUGCAUAAUGGGAUUCGGUCCCUUGCAAUUUCCCUGAAAAAUGAGAACUACCAGUGACUGAAUAAGCUAUGUUAUUUAGAUCCAAUAAUCAAAAGCUCAUAGAUAAAGCAACACAAUUACACAGUCACUUGGGCAAUGCUCCUUUCUUCUUGUAUUAUUUACCAUAUAGUUGUGCAUGAAUGAUAAAAUAAUCUUUGGUACUAAAAUGGUCAAAAUAUAUUCUCUUCAGGACUAUUGCCCUUACAAGUGAUGUUAAAAUCUUAACUUGCUUGAAUGUUAAUAUCUUUUAGCUUUCAA